GGCAGCAGCUGCGGCCCGGCUGCCCACAGGUCUGCCGUCAGUGCUCAGAGUCAACCCUGCUGACAGUGCAAGUGAUGCCUUUUCUCCACUGGCACAAAAUGAGUGUGAGGUGGUUAGCCAGACCAGGAGCUCAACCUCACGGCGAGUCCAGCCUGCUGCUCUGAUGCCGAGGGGGAGGCAAAAAGUGCCACACUCGGAUGCCCCCCUGGGCCUGCCCAUCUGCCUCUGGCUGGAGUUCUUACUGGUUCCCUGGGUCAUGGGCUUGGCAGGGACUGGUGGGCCUGGGGACCAAGGGCCAGGGGGGCUAAGCUGGGCUGUACAUCUGGACAGCCCAGAAAGCGAGGGGCAGGAAGAGACUCUGGAGCAGCAAGCAGAUGCCUUGGCCCAGGCAGUAGGGCUGGUGAACUCCGGACGCAUCGGGGAGCUCCAGGGACACUACCUCUUCAUCCAGCCUGCUGGGCAUAGGAAGGACCAGCAGGUGGAGGCCAUCCGGAAGCAGGCAGAGGCUGUGUUUACCCGGCACGAAGCUGUGCGCUGGCACUCGGAGCAGAGGCUGCUGAAGCGGACCAAGCGCAGCCUCCACUUUAACGACCCUAAGUACCCGCAACAGUGGCACCUGAAUAACAGACGGAGUCCUGGCAGGGACAUCAACGUGACAGGUGUAUGGGAGCGCAAUGUUACUGGACGAGGUGUGACUGUGGUGGUGGUGGAUGACGGUGUGGAGCACACCAUCCAGGACAUCGCCCCCAACUAUUGCCCUGAGGGCAGCUAUGACCUCAACUCGAAUGACCCGGACCCUAUGCCCCACCCGGACGUGGAGAAUGGCAAUCACCACGGGACACGCUGCGCGGGAGAGAUCGCUGCUGUGCCCAACAACAGCUUCUGUGCUGUGGGAGUGGCGUUCGGGAGCCGCAUCGCAGGUAUCCGGGUGCUGGACGGACCCCUCACCGACAGCAUGGAGGCUGUGGCCUUCAAUAAGCACUAUCAGAUCAAUGACAUCUACAGCUGCAGCUGGGGACCAGAUGAUGAUGGAAAGACAGUGGAUGGCCCCCAUCAGCUUGGAAAGGCUGCCUUGCAACAUGGGGUAAUCGCCGGCCGCCAGGGCUUUGGAAGCAUCUUCGUGGUCGCCAGUGGCAACGGAGGCCAGCACAACGACAACUGCAACUAUGACGGCUACGCCAACUCCAUCUACACCGUCACCAUAGGUGCUGUGGAUGAGGAGGGGCGGAUGCCUUUCUAUGCAGAGGAGUGCGCCUCCAUGCUGGCGGUCACCUUCAGUGGGGGGGACAAGAUGCUCCGGAGCAUUGUGACCACUGACUGGGACCUUCAGAAGGGCACAGGCUGCACUGAGGGCCACACGGGGACCUCAGCAGCUGCCCCCCUGGCGGCUGGCAUGAUAGCCCUCAUGCUGCAGGUGCGGCCCUGCCUCACAUGGCGUGACGUCCAGAACAUCAUUGUCUUCACGGCCACCCAGUAUGAGGAUCGCCGCGCAGACUGGGUCACCAACGAGGCCGGCUUCAGCCACAGCCACCAGCAUGGAUUCGGCCUGCUCAACGCUUGGAGACUCGUGAAUGCCGCCAAGGUGACCGGCACUGGCAGGGCAGCGAGUCCUGUAGGGAGAAACCAAGGGAGGGAACUAAAUCCCUAAAACAUUGCCUGGCAC